AUAAAUCACAACUUAUAAAUCUAUCAUAUCUAUUUCUUCUCAUGAACACACCAGAAUGUUGGAUACAUUCAUAAAUCUCGUAGUACAUAUGCAUGUGAUUAAAAAAAAGUGAUAUUUAAUAGCAUUAAAGGCAGUUUAGGUAAGUUAUUCUGACUCUCAGCACCACACUUCCGCCUGUGGUGACGCCCACACACGCACGACGCGCUGAUUGGACACGUCGGGUGUCAAUCAAACUCCUGCCACAACUUUUGCGCGUUACUAGUCAAGGUUGGUUGUCUGGUGAGUUUGACCUAAUUGGACUUCCGCCAAAAGAAUGAGAGAUAUACUAGAUUGGGGGCGCUUGUAUAACACAGAAAAAUCAACACAAAGCGCGUUCGGGGUAUUUAAAAAAAAAAAAAAAAAAAAAAAAGGAAGUCGUUGAAAAUUACAUAUUAAAAUAUGUUAGAGUAUGUGUCCUUUAAAAUGAAACAGGAGACUGAUUGCGCCGCUAAAGUUGUUUUUUUUCCCGUAUUGUUUAAAUAAAAGCUAGUUUGUCGUUUGACACGACGUUAAAAUAUCCUCCUCGCGCUACAAUGUAGCCUGUGUGUGUGUGUGUGUGUGUGUGUGUGUGUGUGUUGCCAGAUUGUGUAGGCUGCUUCUGCUGCUGCCGCUUAGUGUGCAGUGCGCAUGCGCGUGGGAAGCCCAGGGUAGGCCCUGCUGUUUUUGUAACUCCAGUCAAUCCAACGCAGGCGUCUGAACCAAAACAAGGAGCGCGAGAUCCCCUCAUGACGGCGAAUAAACUGGGUGACAACACUAAUCUGAGGACCUAGGCAAAAAGGAAUCAUUUCUGAAGUCAUGACCUAAGACGAGUUUGCUGCUGACAUGCGGUACAUGUGCGCUCACCCUCCUUGGAAAACAUUCAGAUGCUACAGGGACCCACAGCACACUUGUGAUCAUUUUAAACCACAGCCUCUCUCCGAUUUCUCAAAGCUCUCCUUACUACACGUGAAAAACUGACGCAAAUCCACACUGACUCACAGCCCAAGUGGAUUGUGGUGGACUUCAUCCUGAGACGAGCUCCUCAUUCUCACUUUGCGCGCAGGACUGGAGGUGGACAGCUGAGACGGAUAGCCAUUAACACCUAUUUUCAUGCAUCUUGAACGCUUCUCCAGUGAUCAUUUGUGAUUGUUCUUCUUGAAUAACAUAGCUGACCAGGAGGUUCUUUAAAGUUAUCAGUGAGGUUCAUGUACAAAUGUCUACCUCACGCUUAAAGCUCCUCUGUGUCCCACUGCAGCCCUGAUCACAUUUCAAAAUGACCUCCAGCAUAGACCGGGAUGACAGCAGUAUCUUUGAUGGACUGAUGGAAGAAGAUGAGAAGGACAAAGCAAAACGAGUUUCCAGGAACAAGUCGGAAAAGAAGAGGCGAGACCAGUUCAAUGUGCUCAUCAAGGAGCUGGGCACCAUGCUGCCUGGCAACACCCGCAAGAUGGACAAAUCCACCAUUCUGCAGAAAAGCAUUGACUUCCUGCGCAAGCACAAAGAAAUUGCAGCACAGUCGGAGUCCAGUGAGAUUCGUCAGGACUGGAAGCCUCCGUUCCUCAGCAACGAGGAGUUUACACAGCUGAUGUUAGAGGCCCUAGAUGGCUUCUUUCUAGCCAUUAUGACAGACGGCAACAUAAUCUACGUGUCUGAAAGUGUCACCUCUUUACUAGAGCAUUUACCAUCUGACCUGGUGGACCAGAACCUGUUGAAUUUUCUUCCACUGGGAGAGCACUCUGAAGUGUACAAAGCCCUCUCAACACACAUACUCGAAGGAGAGAGCCUCACACCAGACCACUUAAAGACAAAAAACCAGUUAGAGUUCUGCUGCCACAUGCUCCGGGGCACCAUCGACCCCAAAGAGCCUCCCGUCUACGAGUAUGUAAAGUUUAUCGGAAACUUCAAGUCUCUCAACACUGUGCCUAACUCGACACGGAACGGCUUUGAAGGUGUGAUCCAGCGCUCGCUCAGGCCCUCGUUUGAAGACCGCGUGUGUUUCAUUGCCACUGUGAGGUUAGCCAAGCCUCAGUUUAUCAAGGAGAUGUGCACUGUGGAGGAACCCAAUGAGGAGUUCACUUCCAGACACAGCUUAGAGUGGAAAUUCCUUUUCCUGGACCACAGGGCGCCCCCUAUCAUAGGUUACCUGCCUUUCGAAGUUUUGGGCACAUCGGGGUAUGAUUACUAUCACGUAGAUGACUUGGAGACCCUUGCCAAGUGCCAUGAACACCUGAUGCAGUAUGGGAAAGGGAAGUCGUGCUAUUAUCGGUUCUUGACCAAAGGCCAGCAGUGGAUUUGGCUGCAGACUCACUACUACAUCACCUACCACCAGUGGAACUCGCGGCCUGAGUUCAUUGUCUGCACACACACUGUUGUCAGCUAUGCUGAGGUUAGGGCUGAGCAGCGCAGAGAGCUGGGCAUCGAGGAGUCACCUCCUGAGAUCUCUGCAGACAAGUCUCAAGACUCGGGCUCUGAGUCUCAGUUGAACACCUCCAGCCUGAAGGAGGCACUGGAGCGCUUUGAUCAGAGUCGCACGCCCUCAGCCUCCUCCCGGAGCUCACGGAAGUCCUCCUCACACACCGCCGUUUCCGACCCCACCUCCACCCAGACAAAGCUACAGACAGAGCACAGUACGCCGCCCCGCCAAUCUGUCUCUACUAUUGAAAAGACUUCUCAGCGCCGAUCAUCCAUCAGCAGCCAGUCGAUGAGCUCUCAGAAUACGAGCCAGACGAUGGCAGCUUGUCUGGUGUCUCAGCCUCAGCAGCCACAGCAGCUGCAGCCUACUGUGCAGCCAGUGCUACAGUUCUCCACACAGCUGGAUGCCAUGCAGCACCUGAAGGAACAGCUGGAGCAGCGCACGCGUAUGAUCGAGGCUAACAUCCAGAGGCAGCAGGAGGAGCUGCGUCAGAUUCAGGAGGAGCUGCAAAGGGUGCAGGGCCAGGGCUUACAGAUGUUCCUGCAGCAAGGUGGCGGUAGUCUGAACCUUGGCUCGGUGCAGUUAGCGCAGGGUUCCUCGGUGCAGCCAGGCACGGCUCUGACCAUGCAGGGGCUGGUGGUGCCUGCAGGAAUCUUACAAGGCAACCUGGCAUCAACACAUACGGGCACACAGCACUCUGUCACUCAGCAGACCCAGCCAGCUCAGCCUCAGCAGCAGAGCAUUCUCCGAGAGCAGAGUGGCACACACACACAGUCCCAGAGAUCGUCGCACACACUGCAGUCUCCUCAGGGAGCCCUGCCUGCGUCUCUCUACAACACCAUGAUGAUUUCACAGCCUGGUCAGGCCAACGUGGUGCAGAUCUCCACCAGUUUAACCCAGAGCAGUCCGAGUGGAACCGCAGUCGCCACCUUCUCUCAGGACCGCCAGAUACGAUUCCCAGCAGCCCCUCAGCUCCUUACUAAGUUAGUGACGGGGCCUAUGGCAUGUGGCGCCGUCAUGGUGCCCACCACCAUGUUCAUGGGUCAGGUGGUGACACCGUUUGCCCCUCAGCAGAGUCAAAAUCAGACCAUCAGCAUUGGACAGCAAGCACCCACACCCUCGCAGGAGCAGCAGGGCCAGACGCAGGCCGGCACACAACCACAGAGCCAAAACCAGACUCCACUUAGCCAGACUCAGUUCCUCCAGGCACCUCGUCUUCUUCAUGGGAAUCAGUCAGCGCAGCUGAUCCUCCAGGCAGCGUUUCCUCUCCAGCAGCAGAACGCCUUCGCCGCAACCACACAACAGCAGCAGCAGGUGCAGCAGCAGCAGCUCCAACAGCAACAUCAGCACCAACAGCAGCUUCAGCAUCAGCAGCAGCAGCAGCAGCUGGCUUCUCAUAGGCCAGACAGCAUGUUGGACCGCUCCAAUGCCCCGCCUCAGUAACCCGGCACCAGCCAAUUGCGUGGCGAGGACCGAAUCUGACCUCUGUUGUGCAGGGCGACGAAGGACGAGUAUUUGCAGUAUUCAAACUGUACCUGUUAUUUGGCGCAAAGCAAAAGGUGCUGUUGUGUCUCUGCGCCCUACAUGUCAUCCCUCACCAAGUUCUGGAUGCUUGCACUGAAUUCUGGGAAGUAUAGCCCACACUGGCUGAGUGGUUAGUAAGCUAGCAAGGGAGCCCUUGGUUUAUUUUUUACCAACCGAAUCAAGAUAAGAGGCAAGGCAAGUUGUGAGGUGGGCCGUCUUUCAUUCACACAUUCACAUAUUAAUUUAUGUAGAACGCUCCAGUUUGUGGACUGGAGGUGAUUCAAGACUUCAGAGAAGUCCUGUAGGACAAAUGGCACCACAUCCAUUUGUUCUUCUCCAUUCAUAUCCUCCCUUCCCUGCUCUCUUCUUUUCAUCUUUGUGUUUUCCAUGUAAAAAAAAAAAAAAAAAAAAAAAAAAGUAAUUAUGGGUCAGAAAAUAUUUUUAAGAUGUUCAUGUGGAUUCAGCUUUUAUUGUAUAGUACACCUGUAAAUUAAUAUGUAAAUAUACAGACAAAACAAAGAGAAACUAAUAUUUUAUAUUGAUGCAUGACACGAAAAAAGAGUGUAGUCUGUUAUUUGUAGCUUUGAAUAUACUUUUUUCUAGUAUUCAAAGGAAAAAAGAAAACACUUAAUGGCUGAUGCCUUCACGGACUUCCUCUUUGCCGUGGGGUGUGUGUGUGUGUGUGUGUUUGUGUGUGUUUGUGUGUGUGUGUGUCUGUCUGCAAAGCGGGCAGUGCUGGUUCUGAUUCGUGUGUCACAGUUUGUUUAAAAUGACACCUUCAUAUUUUCAUAACACUACUACAUGUAACCAAUUUAUUAAUCUGUAAACUGUACAGAUAUUUUACAUUUGUAUAUAUCAGAGAGAGCAGGCUGUGGAUUCAGAUGGAGAUAUAGAUUCAUAAUAUAUUAUGAUAAAUGUGGAGUAUUUAACGCGUUAAUGCAGCGUUAAUCAGGAGCUUUCAGGAAAGUUGACCAUGACAUACUCAGGUGUCAGAUGUCAGUUUAGAUGCUUAUACAUGAUGAGUAAGUUGCAUAAGCAUAUAUUAUGGUUUCAUGGCCACAUACUGUAUAAUAUAUAUAUAAACCCACACAGUGCCAAGCCAUAAUUUAAGCUAUAUUAAUUUUACAGUAAUAUGUAAGCUAUGAUAAAUAUAUAAAUAUAUCACUGUAAUUUUAACCAACAUGAAAUUUAGCCUUACCAAACCAAACCUCAUUGUCGCUAGUAAAUCUUAGCACAUGAUCCUGUAUUUGCACGGGUUUAAUAGGUUUUUUUUUUCUUCUUCUUCUUUUUUUCCUGAGAUUUUCUUAGAUUUUGGCUGAGCUUGAGCAUGCUUUAAGCAAAAUGGAGUCAGCUACCAUGAUACAGCUACGUGUAGAGAAAUCAGGAAUGUAUGGUGUAGGGUCUUCAGACCUCGUUGAUGAUGACUGUGAUGAUAAUCUUGUAUCUGGUGCGGUCUUUCGUACUAGACAAAUUUUCCUGACUCUCAAAUGUCCCAAAAAGAGAACAUUAGCACUUAUAUUUGUAUGGCACUUUACAUUUAGCUCUGUGGAACUUUAAACCUAGGCAAGGUCUUAAUUAGUUGAAGUGUCCCUAAUGAAAUGGGGAAAAAAAAAAAAUUACUUGCUUUUCAAGUAGUGUCUCCCCGUCCUGACAGCUCUGUUCUCAGUUACAAUAGUAGCAGUGAUGUAUAGCAGACAUCUCUGGACAAACCAGUCUGUGGUUUGUUAUGGACUUAUCACUUACUAUGGCUAAUAAGAUAUGACACGUCAUGUAACAGUUUUGUAAAAUACUAGAAAAAAGUUACGUAAUGUUACAAAAUUGGCACAGUGCUUAGUGUUCCACCUCACAGCUCCAGGGUCCCCGGUUCAUCCUGAGCUUGGGUUACUGUCAUGUGGAGGGUAUUGUGUUCUCCCUAUAUCCAGGUUUUCUGGUUUCCUCCCACCUCUAGAAAACCUGCCAGUAUGGUGGACUGGAUACUCUAUAAAUUAUCCCUUGGUGUGAAUGUGUGUGUGCGCACUUCCCAUUCCCAUUAUUCCUGGGAUAGGCUCCGGAUCCACAGUGAGCCAGACAAGGAUAAAGUGUUUACUGAAAAUGAAUGAAUAAAUGUAGGAGUGGUAGAAAACCAGCCCUGCGUGAAUUUAGUUUGCUUCUGGAGUGGAGGCUUUGCUAGUUCUCUUCUCCUGCUUGCACGUUAAACUAUCAUGAAUGUUAGGAAGGUUAUGACCUUGCUUAGGUGUCAUUUAAAAUUUGGACAAUCACACAUUUUAGGAACCCAAAAUUUUGUUCAACUUUAGAUUUCUUUGAAUAAACGAUAGCACUUAGAUACACUAUCUGGCCAAAAGUAUGUGGACACCUGACCGUCACACCCAAAUGUGAUUCUUCCCCAAACUGUUCCCACAAAUUUGGAAGCACACAAUUGUAUAGAAUGUCUCUGUGUGCUGUAUCAUUACAAUUUCCCUUCACUGGAGCUAAGAGGCUUAAACCUGUUCCAGCAUGACGAUGCCCUGACCUCAACCCCACUGAACACCUUUGGGAUGAACUGGAACACCAACCAAAGUCUAGUGGAAAGCCUUCGGUUGGUGUUUGCACCUGACAUCAAGACAAAUUCCUAGUAAUGUAGAGUGUCCUUUACUGUACCUGGCAAUAAAUUGUUUCUGAUUCUGAUUUCUGAUUCAGAAGAGUGGAAACUAUUAUAACAGCAAAGGGAGAAUAAAUCUGGAAUGAGAUGUUCAACAAACACAUAUGGGUGUGAUGGUCAGGUGUCCACAUACUUUUGGCCAUAUAGUGUAUAUAGUCACCAAUUUCUGUCUUGUCUUGAAGUGAAAUGAUGUCCUGUGUGACAAAUCUGUUUUAUAUAAAUAAUAACGUUUACCUUUUGAUGCGUGCAUGACUUUAUCUUACAAAAAGAGAAAAGGUUGAUUUUUUUUUUUUUUUUUUUUCUGGGUAGUUCAAGUAGAAACGGGUUGCAAUAAUUCAUAUGUACUUCAUAUGAGACCUCAGCAUGGCAGCACACAACUGGUCCCAUGUUCCACUUUCUCAGGAUCUUUCUGCCUCCAGCUGUUCAGAGUGCUGGUCCAAUCACAUGUUCACAUUGCAGUAUCUAUCCAGUAGCACAGUUCUUCUAGCGCUUGUCGUCUGAAUAUCACGGUCUCUCCAAGGACGUCUAUUAAUCGGUUAGUUACUGUGAGUGAACCCAAAUUAAUUGGACAGAUUGUCCAAGUCCACCAACAAAAACCGUUCGAAGACUAUACUUUACAAACAAGGUUCCAUAAUUUUCUAGUGAUACAAGGACGAAAAAACCUCACAAUAUAAGCUGGAUUUCAUCAUUUCUUAUGAACAGAUAUAAGCUGAAUAGAAUGUAUUUUUGAAAAUGAGAACCAUUCUUAGUUGCCAUGUCAGACUUUUAACAUUUGGUGUAUACUACAUUAUACUGAACUUUUUGGCAGUUUUUAGCAAAUGUUCAAGAUUUAGUACUGUAUUUCCACCAUUUCUUUUUUUUUUUUUGAAUAUAGUUCUCAGAGAGAUGACCUAAUGGCUGAGGAACACUUGAGUGGCAGUACUUUCACAGAAUGAAUGUAAGACAGCGUCACUUUGCAACCCAUAUACAUAAGCUUAAUCUUAACUCAUCAUGAACAAAUAUUUUAGAGCAGCAUAUAACCUGUUGAAAUAUAUAUUUUUCUAUGACUAGACCAGACUAUUGGAAAGAUUUUGAAGAGAAAGACUAUAUGACUAUAUAUAUAAUCUGUUAGGAAAGGGAACAGUAAAUAUUAGCUGAGUUUAUAGGAUAAUGUUCGACUUAAAGGAUUUAAACAAACUUUGACACACUAGAGAACCAGAUUGAAUUGUUUUCUCACGAUGCAGUUGGGCUCAGGCCAGAGCUGUUCCUCCCCUCAGUCUGUUGUGAAUGAGCAAGAUGGAGUGAUGUGUGAGCAUCAUAAUAUAACAUAAUUCAAAAUACUGCUGAAGGAAAGAUUUUCAAGUAUGACCUUUAACAUAUGGACAUUUAUACUCAACGUGUCAGUGAUUAACAUAUAGUUGCUGUCCUUUUUUUUUUUUUUUUUUUUUAAUCUACAUUUUUUGCUUUUAGUAUAUUUUUUUUAAUCUCUAGUGUUGAUUUAGUCAGACAUUUAAAGCAAAAAACAAAAAAACAAAAUGCACAAUUAGUCAACAGUAAACACCAUGUAACAGUUCAUGACAAUGAAGUGAAAUUUGUGAACACUAAGGACAGCUUGGUAAAAGGCGUCUCAUGGGGACUGUCUCCUGUGUCUUCAUUUACGAAUACAUCUCGGAGAAUCAGUGCCGUUUGCAGUAGAUCAUAUGUCCUUAUAUUCAAAAUUACUAGUAAAUGCAAAGACAUUUGACCAUAAGCCCAAAUCCUGUUAAUUUAUUACUUUCUUUAUUCCAGAAUAAGCUUCACCAGUCAGGGAGGAUGAAAGCUGCCUCUCGCUGUAUUAUUAGUAUUAUUAUUAUUAUUAUUAUACAGCAACACUAAUUUCACAACUUGGCGUUUGAUCACUCCUUUUGUAGACAUUUUUUAACGUCAUUUUAAAAGAGUAAAACAGUGAGGACUGGUUUCCUUGGAAUCUGCAUGCUAGUUGUCAAGGACAGCGAUGAUAAGUUAAUGUCUGGCAUGUACAGGAGGCAGUGUGUGUGUGUGUGUGUGUGUGUGUGUUUUAGGCUAUAGUCAUAGGUGAAUACUAAACAUGGCUGCCUCCAGCUAGUUUCAGACAGUCAAGCCCACAUCAGUUACCGGCGCUCUCUCUCUUUCUCUCUCUCUCUCUCUCAUGCUCUUCUUUUUUCUUUAAAGUGAACACUUGAAAUAUCAUGAUCUCCAUGCACCUUUCACGAGUCAGCCACCGAACAUGUUCAACCAGGUGUCCCGGAAUGUUUCUCUGGCAUUCAGUAUAAUUUUAAAUUUGUCAGAUGGUGUGAAGUCAUUUUUUUAAUGUAUCCAAAGAGCUGCAAUUAAAAAUAAGAACACGUUAAAAAAAUCUUAAAGAUUUUUGUUUCUUUAAACCUUAAGGUUUUGCUAGUCCUUGAAGUACUUGAAACCCUAAUGAAAAGGAGCUGGUUAAUGAAUUAAUGUUCUGUAGUUUCAGCAAGCACACUAAAGGUUGUAGAUGUCCCUCACUGUCUUCUUGUUUGUGUGACACUUUUUGUUUUGCAGAACAUUUCUGGUUGGCUCAUGAAAUCAACCUGGUCAGUACAUGGGUUAUGGGGUGGGAGGGGCUUAAUGAAAUCCUUUCACAGUGCAUUUAGGUUGAACAUUUUUUGCAGCUGAUUAUGGUCCACAACAUGACUUGAACAGAACGAUGCUGUAGAGGAUGAAGGGAGGGAGGAUGAAGGCUGUGUGCUUUGUAAAAGGUGCUGUAAUAUCAGUGUAUGUGCUGCAUUGGGUUCAUUUGAUGGGCCAUGCUAACAACCAUAACAGGCUUUUGAAGCGAAUGGUGCAGUUUGCUCUCCUUACUCAAUUUUCAAAAAAAUAAACAUAUAUUUUAAAACCGUAUAUCUCACACCAACAUGUGUUCUCUAAAUGUGUUCUAUGCUAUUUUUGGUAAAUAAAACACUUUAUCUGAUGUGUGACUAAGCCUAAAAUUUGUGUAAUUCAAGAGAUCAGUGCUAAUUUUGUUCAUUGUGUUUGGAUCUGUUCAGAUUUCCCUCCACAGGCUUUUUAUUUUUCUUCAAAUCUGAUUUGUCCACAUUAAAAUCCAGAGACAUUCAGUUCUGUAGGCAAAAUUCAAGAAAUCUGUGUGUACACUUAAUGCUCGACAUCACCCUGAGUCAUACUUACAUGAAGUGAAAAUGAGGUCAUUUUAAAACACUGCUUCAUUUAAAGCCCUUCAGCAAAUUGUUUCAUUUGCAUUGCUUCCUGUAUCAAGACAACUACAGGCAUAAAAAGCCAUACUGUCAGAUUUUAAUUUAUUAUUUACAGGAAUUAUUUUACAGUCAACUCCUCUGCACAAUGUAUAUUGAAUUACUUGCCAUUCACAGAUGAAUAAGUCCAGUCAAAUAUUGACAAAGAAAUAAGUCACCUUAAACUGUACAAAACCCAGCAAUGUCUUCCCUGACAGUUCUACAGUACUUGGACAACAGGAAAAAAAAAAAUCAAUGCUCUGAUGAUGAAUAAAAAAAAAAAAAGUUAUAUUUCCUAGACCAGCUAUUCAUUUUCCUGGAAG